GAGUUGAGCUGGAGCUAGAGAGACAGCCCUAAAACAAAAAAGGCAGAACCAGAGGACAAGCAGCAGCCCCACUUCCCAGCACCAGCAAAUCUGCAGGAGCCAGGACUGAGAGGUUGUCUGCAGACUCAGGAAAAGAGAAGCACAGUGGUUCACAUUCCAAAAGUUUUCUUCACAACUGUAAGGCCAUAGCACCGUACAGAAGACACUCAGAAAUCUUUUCUCAAUGAUUCUAUAGUCAACGGAUGUAACAAUGGUACUAAUACUGGGCCGCAGACUGAAUAGAGAGGAUAGCGGGGUCCGUGAUUCCCCUGCAACCAAACGUAAAGUUUUUGAAAUGGACCCGAAGUCCUUAUCAGGUCAUGAGUUUUUUGACUUCUCUUCAGGAUCAUCCCAUGCUGAAAGCAUACUCCAGAUCUUCAAUGAGUUUAGAGACAGCCGCUUGUUCACAGAUGUAAUUAUCUGUGUGGAAGGAAGAGAGUUUCCCUGUCAUCGAGCUGUUCUCUCAGCCUGCAGUAGCUACUUCAGAGCUAUGUUUUGCAAUGAUCACAGAGAAAGCAGAGAAAUGUUGGUGGAGAUCAAUGGCAUUUUUGCUGAAGCUAUGGAUUGUUUUUUACAGUACGUGUACACUGGCAAGGUGAAAAUCACUACAGAGAAUGUGCAAUAUAUCUUUGAAACAUCAAGUCUCUUUCAAAUUAGUGUUCUGCGUGAUGCUUGUGCCAAGUUCCUGGAAGAGCAACUGGAUCCUUGUAACUGCCUGGGAAUCCAGCGUUUUGCUGAUACACACUCACUAAAGACACUCUUCACCAAAUGCAGAAAUUUUGCACUGCAGACAUUCGAGGAUGUUUCUCAGCAUGAAGAAUUUCUUGAGCUUGGGAAAGAUGAGCUCAUUGAUUAUAUUUGUAGUGAUGAGUUGGUGAUCAGUAAAGAAGAGAUGGUUUUUGAAGCAGUUAUGCGCUGGGUUUACCGUGCUGUUGAUCUGAGAAGACCAGUGUUACAGGAACUUCUAACACAUGUGAGACUCCCUUUAUUACAUCCUAACUAUUUUGUACAGACAGUGGAAGUGGAACAGCUGAUUCAGAAUUCUCUAGAGUGUUAUCAGCUGCUACAUGAAGCAAGAAGAUAUCACAUACUUGGAAAUGAAAUGAUGUCCCCAAGAACUAGACCACGCAGAUCAACUGGUUAUUCUGAGGUGAUAGUUAUUGUCGGAGGCUGUGAACGAGUUGGGGGGUUUAACCUGCCAUACACUGAAUGCUACGAUCCUGUGACAGGAGAAUGGAAGUCACUGGCUAAGCUCCCAGAAUUUACUAAGUCUGAAUAUGCAGUGUGUGCUUUACGGAACGAUAUUCUUGUUUCAGGUGGAAGAAUUAACAGCCGUGAUGUGUGGAUUUAUAACUCUCAGCUUAACAUUUGGAUCAGAGUUGCUUCCCUAAACAAAGGCAGAUGGCGUCAUAAAAUGGCUGUCCUUCUUGGUAAAGUGUAUGUAGUUGGAGGGUAUGAUGGGCAAAGUCGACUCAGCAGUGUAGAAUGUUACGAUUCAUUUUCCAAUCGAUGGACAGAGGUAGCUCCACUUAAAGAAGCAGUGAGUUCUCCAGCAAUAACCAGCUGUGUAGGCAAAUUGUUUGUGAUUGGUGGAGGUCCUGAUGAUAACACGUGCUCUGACAAGGUUCAAUCAUAUGAUCCCGAUACUAAUUCUUGGUUGCUCCGUGCAACUAUCCCCAUUGCAAAGAGAUGCAUAACAGCUGUAUCUCUAAAUAAUCUAAUCUAUGUCGCGGGAGGGCUCACCAAGGCAAUUUACUGCUAUGAUCCAAUUGAAGAUUAUUGGAUGCAUGUACAGAAUACAUUCAGCAGACAGGAAAACUGUGGCAUGUCUGUGUGUAACGGCAAAAUCUAUAUCCUUGGUGGAAGACGAGAAAAUGGAGAAGCCACAGACACUAUUCUUUGUUAUGAUCCUGCAACGGGCAUCAUCACGGGAGUAGCAGCCAUGCCCAGGCCAGUAUCGUAUCAUGGCUGUGUGACUAUUCAUAGAUACAAUGAAAAAGGCUUUAAACUGUAAAGAAAGGAAAUCUUAAGAAAGAAUGCAGUGCCUUGGUACAGGACAGAAUUUCAAAGAUUCAUAAAAUGGGAAACUGACUUUUCCCUCAGUGCCAUAUGAAACUAAAUAUCCAUGUGCCUUUUAAAACAAAAUGUUUUCAAUUAAUUAAAAGGUAAAAAAAAAUCUACAAACAUAUCCAGGACCCGUUCAGCCAUUUCUGGCAUGAUAGCAGUGAACUAAUAUUUACAUAGUUUUCCCCUUCUUUGUGAUCAGUAAUUAAAAUUUGGGAUGUUGUGUAGGGAAUGUGCCUUCACAAAUAGCUGUGCCUAUAUCUUAAGGACUGAUGUCUGUAUUAUUUUUUCAGUUAUUUCAGAGUCAGUUAAUUGAAAAAUAUUUAACCAAAUUGACCUACAAAAAAUGUGUUGGUUUAAAAGAGUGCAUAUCAUUCUGAUUAACAGGCAUGAUGCAGUGUUGUUGUAGCCAUGCUGGUCCCAGGAUAUUAGGGAGACAGAGUGGGUGAGGGUAAUAUCUUUUAUUGGGCCAACUUCUGUUGGUGAGAGCUUUUGAGAUUAUAUAGAGCUGAAGAAGAGUUCUGUGUAAGUUCAAAAGCUUGUCUCUCUCACCAGAAGAAGUUGGUCCAAUAGAAGAUAUUAUCUCACCCACCUUGUCAGUAUGAUGUUCUUUUAUCAGAAAAUUGCUUGGCGUACCAAAUACACUUUAUUUCAUGAUCACCCACUACUAUAGAUUUUUUUAAAUGCAAUGCUUCAUAGGAAAUAAAUAUUAAAACCUUUGAGAAAUAAUGUUCCUGUGUAAAUGGAUAGGGAAUAGAGUGGCAUCAUGGUUGUUCUCUGAGCUACUGCAAAAAGUUGCAGUAACUAUUGUUUUCAUAGUAACAAACCUGAGUGUUGCUAAUAAUUUAUUAUAAGUCUUACAAAUACUGGACUACAUGCAUAUGGAAAAAUAAUGAUCCUUGCAGCACAGGCACACUUCUGUGAAGCAGUUUUGUAUCCCAGUUCUGACCUCCUUAAGUUGUAGAGCUGAAGUCUGCUAGUUCCUGGUAUCAUUCUUUGCUAACUGCAAGGUACCUUUCAUCAUUCUACUGCAUGAAUCGACCCCUAGUCAAGGGGGUCUUCAUGAAUUCCACAGUGUAAACUCUCUGUUGAUAGAAAGAGCUAGAGACUACAGGCCUAACUCUGCUGUUUUAUAAAUUGAUCUUUGCGGUACCUCGUUAUGCGAAGUUCCAGGAUAUCUGCCAACUCUGUUUCUACAGAUUUCUUCAGACAAUCACCUUUUCCAGUGCUAUUGAGCUCCCAUAAACCCUACAGGGGGCAUGUGUGAAACUGAAAAUUUCCCCACAUCACCAGAACGCUACCCAGGGACCCGUCCAUUUAGCCAUGUGACUGUGUGAGGAGUAUAUUUUAACUUGUUUAAUUUUGAAGGCUUAGAGACUUCCAAAGUAUCCUCCCAAAUUUUGGCCCAUUGCUUUUCAAUGAAACUGAAAAUCGUGCUGAAGAUAUUCCUCCCAUUCCUGCUUAGAUCUCUGUAACAGAACUAUAUGCUCAGAUAAUUGGGGCACAAAUUCAUGAAACUGUACAUAGUGCUUUGGAGUUUGCAUGUGGAAGGGACGCUCGCUCCCCGCACCAAUUUCCCACCAGAAGGCAGGGAGUGACACCAUAUCCUCUAUCCCCAUGAAGCCUCUCCUUACUUUAAGAACAUAAGAAUGUCCAUACUGGGUCAGAACAAGGGUCCAUCCAGCCCAGCAUCCUGUCUGCCAACAGUGGCCAAUGCCAGGUGCCCCAGAGGUAGUGAACCUAAAGGUCAAUGAUCAAGUGAUCUCUUUCCUACCAUCCAUCCCCACCCUCUGACAAACAGAGGCUAGGGACACCAUUCCCUUUGAACUCCCUUUAUGAGGAAUUCUGAGGAUAGCUGUCAGCCAGAAAAGCAGACAGUACUGGAGCAGAUGAACGCAAAGGGCCUCUUCAAGGACAACCAUAAUCUCCAGCAGACCCAGGAGAUUUAUGGGUUCUGAACUCUUUGUUCAGUCUGUAGGGAAUAGGAACAAACCACAUGUCCGGAACAUAAUCUGUUCUCCUUGGAAUUUCUUCUCCAUCUCCUUCCCACAAGUUUUCCCAUGAAAUAGGUAUUCUGGCUCUUGGUGUGGAAAUGACUCAUUUAGAGGGUCAUCGUUUUCAGUACUGAGUUACUGAUGACAUUAUAAAGGAGCACUGAGCAUUAACUGCGCAUUGUGCCUUUUCAUUUGUAACCUCAGGAAUGUAUGCAGAUUUCAAUUGCUAGCAAAAUACCAAACAUUGGUACAGUAUAUUAGGUAUAUUGAUGAAAUAAAAUUAUAUGCAUAUUACUGAGGUAACUAGUGAAUCAGUCCCUGAGUGUAUACACCCAGGUGGACCUAAAUUGGAAGAAAUGGAGUAGUGUAAGAAAAGUGAAUCAGAUAAAUUAAUCCUUUUCUGGAUUUCUUGGGUCCCUGUUCACCAAGCCUGACUUUGAACAUAUAAUUCCAGCACCCGUGAAUAAGGUCCAUUGACAGCAAUGGUAGUUGCACAGUAACUGUUUUGUAGUAACAUGGUAAAUAGUUUUUGCCAUCAUUGUAAGUGAAAAUGUAAUUAUGGAAGGAGCACCUGAUUAGAAAUAAGAUAUUAAGAUAGAUUUCCAUUUCCCCCAACUUCCUUCCUUUUUGUAUUAAGAUACUGACUGUUGAUUCUUAUAGUAAGCUGUUCUGAAAUGUUUUUUAUUUUGUAGCUAUAUUAUAAUGUUAUUUGUGUGGUGAUUACUUUUGAUUUGUGUUCAUAAGACUCUGUAAAUACAAACACAUUGUUUUCCUUGUGUCUGAAGAUUCAGUUUGAAUGUUGUCUUUUCUAUGUUAACUGUUUACAUGUAUCUUAUUACUGUUACAUAUUAAUUUUGAAAGUAGCUAUUUACUGUACCAGUAAUUGCAGACAUUUAGAUGUAGAAGAAACUUUUUUGCAUGCAGCUUUUUAGACCCUGUACCAGUAAUGGAAGAGUUAGUGUGUUGAGUAUAGCUAAAAUGGCAGAAGUUAUUUAUGCAGUAAUUCCUUUUUAAGUGAACAGUCAAUAUUUAAUAUUUUUGAUUCAGUACAUAUAUAGUUGAAGUUAUCACCCAUUCUGUCAAAAUAAUAAUUUUUAGAAUGUAAAAGAAAACUACUUGUUAUUGAAAAUCUAACACGGUUUAGAGGGAUCCAUUAUAUAUUGAGCCACCUUCUUGGGUUACUUGUUCUCCAAGACAUUUCAUUUAGGGACAGAUGGAUUCAAAGAUUCACCAUGAUGCCAACCCAUUUGAUUGGAUCUUACGUGCCCUGAUGGACAAAAAAAAAAAAUCUACUUGCAUUCCUUGAGAGAAAAUAUGGAAGUACCUUUCAGUAUAAUCAAAAGAGCUUCAUGAUGAAAAGUCACAACUUGUGUUAACUCCCAGGGAAUGAGAUCUUCUCAAGGAUAUAACUUAAAAAUAGCUAUGUUUGGGAAGCAGAGCAAAAUCUGUUCUAGGUGUUCCACCCAUUUAAAAACUCACUGUUAAGAGUUUAUCUAAUAUUUAGCUAACAGAGAAAAGUAAUUUCCUUAAAUCUCAUAUCUUUAAAAGAAGCUAGAUUAAAUGUUUUCCUUCUGAGUUUUGAUGUUCAUGAGCUUUGUCACUCCACUCUUCGGAAUCUUGGCAUUGACUGAAAAGAACAUUGGUACUUAAUUGCAACUUGACUGUCAAGAAGGUACCAUCUAAAUAAUUUAAGUAGUGCAUCCUAGAGAGGUCUACAACCUUUUACUUUUAAACACACCAUGCAUGACAUCAGUUUUAUAGUCAUCAGCAUGUUACGUUUCCUAGAGUCUAGAAGUUGCUCAUUUUCUGGUCAGUUCCCUCAUACCCCAUAUGCCUUCAGAGUAGGCUGAACUUGUGGGACCUCUUCCAUUUGUACCAUUGGAUAGUUCAUCUUGCAGUGUAUGCAUCCUAUAUGAUCCAAGGAUUAAGCACUGUGUUUUCUCUCCUAACAGUGGGAGUUCAACAUAUUACUGAUUUUUGACUCAUGCACUAAUACAACAGCAUUAAAAAUUGUUUUGAUAUUCUUACUCCAUGGCGCAGAUACCUUUAAUUCAGGAGAUGUUGAUAUGGACUCCUCCUAUAUUAAUUCACCCAGAAUUUUUAUAGGAUUUUCAACACUCUGCAAGCUUCAGGGAAAGGCUGAUAAUGGAGGAAAAGGAAGUGUUCAUCUUCACAGAGAAGAAGUUCAGAGAGGAAACUUUGGACAUCUGUGCUUGAAAGCAGGAGACACUGAUGAUUGUUAGCUAUUCUCUAUAAGACAGACUGAGUUCACUGCCUUAUCUUGUGUGAUUAAUCAGGUUAUCCUGCUUAAAUUGAUAAGAUGCCAGGACACAAGAUGAGAAAUAAUCAAUUUCUUGCUAUUUAAGACUCUUAUCCUCCUCCACAGUGUGUUGAUGGUGCACUGGACCUUCAUUGUUCCCUACCAUAAAGGGGAGGUGAUGGAGUUAUAAACUAAUUCUCAUUCCAGUUCAGAAGAAAAUUAAUAGAAAGAAUCUGAAUAGAUGGGUGGAAGAGGAGCAGUUAAAUUCCAGUGCAUUCAUUUGGUAGUUGAGGUUGCUCUAACCAGGAGUUUCUAGACACUCUUACAGUUCAUGAUCUCAGAUAUUGACUCAUUUAACAAAACGACAUCAUGUUUGGCAAUUCAUUGUCUUCAGCUUCAGAGAAAAAGAUGCACAUGUUGAUAUGCUUGUAGUCCUUCUAGUGAUGAAGCUCAGGAAAGACAGGAGGGUUCAGUUUUCUUACUUGCUCAAUUUGGACAACGUUUUUUUUACUGUUGAAGGUGGCAAUCGCCAAUUCAAGCAGAUUAUAAAAAUUGCUAGAUUUUGUCACUCAGAAGCAAAGCAGAUGUUUUCAUUUGAACUUAUUCUUUUGCACAUGAGAAGGUACAAAUUAAAUUGGUUAAUGGUGCCUGAUUAAAAAGUCUCUGUCCUAAGUACUGAAAGAGAAUCUGUUAGGCAAGGUAUAAUUUCAGGUAGAAGUUUGAUAUCUGGAAUGGAGCCAAAUAUUUAUAUUCACAUAUCUUGCAUAGAAGUUUGUUUGUUUGUUUGUUUGUUUGUUUUUUCACAUAAUCUAGCCUUCAGGUAGCCUCAGUAAAAAUCCACUGCAAUUUUAGCUUUUUCUGAACGUCUAGAUUCAAUCAAUACUAUUGCGAAAAUAGAAGCCAGCCUUCCAUUGUCCCUCCAGGCCAGAUUUGUCAGUCAUGAGUUCUCAAGGCACUGACAACACAUGGCAGCAGUUUUUCAUAACUGAUGUUAUGUACAAGAGUCCAGGUAACUUAGGAGUGUGUAUCCAUAGAUAACGUUGCCUGAGAGUUUUAUUUACAGGAAAUUCUCCUCUUUAUCAUAUCAUAAUGCUUCAGUCAAUAUUUUUAAUUAUUUGUGUGUAUGUAUUAUGUGUGUGUGAUUAGAUUUUCUGAUCAUUUUAUGAUAGUGCUUAUGACGAUCGUUUACAAAAAUGAUAAAUAGGUAAAGCCACUGUGUGCAGCAUGUAGGUAGCUGUACUUAAGUGAUGGUGGCAGAUGUGUAAUUGCAGCUUCUUUUGUACCACUGGUUCCAAAGAAAAGAAUGUGUUUAAAGUUGCCAAAAUAUGUGUGCCUUGAACUCACUAAUAUUUCAUCUACUUUCAGUAUGAGCUUGUAUUGUUCCUCCUAAAUAUUUUGUGAAGGUCAGUUUUACUGCCCAGAACAAUAAUGUCCUUGUCAAUGACAGUAAUCUCUACAUUCAUUAAUUUAAAGCACAAUUAAAUCAAUUUAUGAAGAAUAUGUAAAUUGGGGGGGAUUAAAGUGAUGGGGGAUUUAAUUGAUGGGGGGAUGUAAUAGUGUGCUUUUUCCAUUCUCUAUUUUCUGUUUCCAGAACUCCCACUGUGACAAAGGAGAGUAAUGUUGCCGUUUUUAGCCAACUGUCCUUAAUGUGUACAGUGCAUUUUUUGUUAGUAUCUUAGUUCAGGACAUUGUCUGAAAUUUCUGUCAGAAAUAUUUUGUUUAGGACAACACAUUUCCCUCUCCGCCCCCUUCCCACCCCUCCCACCCUGAAGUACGUAAUAUGAAGCAACUGUAUAAUGCAGCCUGGCAAUAAGUGAGACUAAGAGACUUGAAUACAAUGUAUUGGUAUUCAUUUCAUAUGGGUGAGCACAUGACACAAGGGUCUAUUCUCCUUUCAGUGCACACCCACAUAAUAACUUUGAGUCACAUUAAUAGGCGUUACCUCUCCAGCGAAAGAGAAUAUACCCACUGAACAACAGAUAGACUUUCCUCACCUGGGGUUAUGUUUUGUGUUUUCCUUUUUGGAAGCAGUUCAUUGUUGUUGUUGGGUUUUGUUUUGGGGGGGAGGGGAAGGUGUUGGCCAGUUUCCUUAUGUACAGAACAUUAAAACAUUUUGUUCCACCAAGAGCUAAUGUUCAUUUUCAGGAACAAAUUGGUACAGCACAAAUCAGAUCUGAACAAAAGUGCAGACCACUUAACAUGUACCAGAAUCAGCUGAAUAUUACCUUGCACGAAGCCAGUUUUAGAGAUCUUCACUUUAUGUUGGCAGUGGAAAAAAGAUGCCUUUUUGUAAUGUAGCACAGAAUUUCAAUAACUUGUUAUGUACUUGUUAUAUUUAAAUGUAUUUCUUGCAUAAUUCUUUUUUUUUAAAAUUAAGUUCAGUGUAUCUAAUAAACAUUUGUCUUUUGAA